CUAAGGUUCUUCACUUGCCUGGGGAGUGAGGAAGGUGUGAGAAGCAGUCAAUGUUUGCUUACUUGUCCAAUGUCCAGAACAGAAAUCAAUCCAGCGAACAGAAUCAAUAUAUGUUGUUAUGAGGUUUUUUGCAAGGAGGGCUAGGCUGGGUGCUUGGGUCCCCUUCUAAUUCUUGGGAUAGCCAUGAUAGUUUCCUGGAGAGGCGAUAUCCGAGAUAAUGGGCUAUUAAGGGAACAAAGGAAGUGGCUCUGUGCCAGAGAAAAAUGGGUGGGGUCCCUCCUUCAGCUGGCUUUUAGUUAGAAAUACAAAAGGGCAGAGUGGAGAGUUGAGUUAUGUGAGCUAGAAGUGGAAAAGCAACAGGCUGGGAAGUCAGAGAGGGUGAUGUUUGGUUUCUGCUUGAAUCCAAGGCUGUGGCUAUGGAAGAAGCAAAACCCUUUUGGGAUGUUGAUGUUGUGAGCCCCUCCAUCAUAGCCUCAGGUUGUAUAUAUGUGUAAAUAAAGACACCACAGUCUCUGCUGUCCCUCAUUCCAAAGGAAACACAAACCCUGGGUGAAUACCUGGAACCCCUGGAAUCUCCCAUCACUCUGAGAUUGGGGUGGCUUGCAACAAUAUGCUUAUUGGUUUUUGAAAACACAACUAUAAAAAGUCAAUAGGCUGUACAGAUCAAUAAAAGGGGGGGGGACAGUAACUGUUUAUGACAUCUUCAGUAUUAAAAAAUAAAUACAGAGCAAUGGGUCAGAUUUUCCAGCAUAGUGAAACCGUAUUGAGGGCCGUUAAAAAUGCAAUGGAUAUUCGCUAGUGGUGUAGCUUUCAGUCUGCAAACUUUUUCCUCCAUUUGUGCAUCCCCUUUGCAUUCAAAAUUGAGAUAAUGACAUUUGCAGUCAUGUAAUUUCACCAUGUCCGAAGACGAAUUGCAGCAGAAAAGAUUCAGUGUUGCAUGUGGCAAUUGCAGGGCUCCAAUGGAAAACACUAUCCCUACAUCCCUACUCUCAGGUAAUAGCUGCUGUCUUUCUGAAGGGAAGCGUGUGUCACUCAGACCUCCUCUGUCCCAGAAGCCCCUUGCCUGAGUUUCAGAUACACACACAAACACACACACAAUAUGAAGUUAUCCAGCGGCCUUGAAUUGCACUUUGCACAAGCCCGGUGGCACACUUUAUUACAAUAGGCAGUUCCAGGUCUCUCAGGUGAAAGCAGGAUCAUGGGCCCAAGAUACUUUGUCCCUUGGGGCAAAACACAAAAUGGUGCCCCCAGUCACAGAAGACAGUGGGGUAGGUUGGCAUCACUUCAUCUCUGGCAGGUUGCAUCGCUGCUUCUUACUGGGAAGUAGAGUGGAUGGGACCAAGCGGCAGCAAUGUCAAGAGUGCAGUGGAGGCUGGUUCCUUAGGGCAACUGGAGCACUGCCUCACCAACCUUGGUUUGCCCCCAGCCAGCCCUCCCUCCCCCCCGCCAUCUUACUGACAACCAGCCCAAGGGGUGACCCUGUCUGUCAGCUUCCUUCUUCUAAGUCUCAGUGUUGCCGCUUGUAGAACUCAGCAGGGAGGAGGUGGGAGACAAAAGUACAGUGGUACCUCAGUUUAUGAACAGGCCUGUUUACGAACUAUUCAGUUUACGAACUCCGCAAAACCGGAAGUAGUGUCCCGGUUUGUGAACUUUACCUCAGUCUACGGACGGAAGCCGAACGGUGGAAGGCCACCGGCAGCGGGAGGACUCAUUAGGGAAAGCGCGCCUCGGUUUAAGAACGGAUUUGGUUUAAGAACGGACUUCCGGAACGGAUUAAGUUCGUAAACCGAGUUACCACUGUACAAUUUGCAGGCUCCUCCUGUCUUUGGCUCUGGCGCCACCUACUGUUGGGCUCCCUGCCUUCUGUCCUACCGGUCCCAAAUGCACACCAGCCACCAGUUGGAGCAGUGCACAGGGAGAGCCCAUCUGAUUCUGGAGGCAGAGCAAUAGCCAUCAUGGCUAGUAGCCAUCGAUAGUCCUCUUCCUGAAUUUGUCCAGUCUUCUUUUAGUCUAGAUUGCUGGCCAUCACUGCUUCCUGCGGAAGCGAGUUCCACAGUUCAACUAUGCACUGAGUGAGAAAGUCCUUUAUUUUAUCUGUCCUGAAUCUCCCAACAUUCAACUUCCUUGGAUCUCCUUGAAUUCCAGUGUUAUGAGAGGGAGAGAACCUUUUUGCUGUCGGCUUUCGCCACACUUUGCAUAAUUUUAUAAACUUCUAUUACGUCACUUUUGACUAUUACACAUGGGUGUAGCCAAGGGGGCAGAGAGGGGCAGCUGCCCCCUCAAUCAAUUAAAAAAAUGCAUAGCAAACUGAGGUUCUGCCCCCGCUAACAAAAACCCUGGCUACAUCUAAGCUCUUGCACCAGCUAACCUGUCCUUUCUCCAUGGUUUCCAGUGAGUGGACAUCUGUCUUGCCACCCCCCACCUGCCCCCGUCAAGCUUUGUGCUCGCAGUAUCUCAUUUGCUCGGGUGGAUCAGUGUUGCGAAAAGGAGCGAGGGUUGUUUGCUCCAGCCGAGGCAAAGCGACAUCCGAUCUAGCAGGGCGAGAGGGGAGUGUUUUGUCGAGAGUUGUCUGUCACCAAGGAGAAGAGAACAGGACUUGGAAGAAGGAAGCACAACAGACCAGGGACCCGGCCCUGCCAAAGAGAUUCUCCCUCUUUUUACGGAUCUUGCACCAGAAGUUCUGCAAAUCCCCGAAGGACACGUGUGUGUGAAUAUGUUCAAGGGCGUAAGAUAGGAGGAUAUCAGAUGGUUGUGGUUUAAGGGGAAUCCAAUAGUUGCCUCGUGGAGCAGUGGUGGACCAACAAGGGACGUUCUGCUCUUGCCAGAAAUGAGUUUUGAACCAAGGACAAGCUGAUGAUGGGCCGCCAUUAAUGGUGAGGACCAUGAAGUCAUGAGAUGGGAGAUCUUAGGAAGUCAUUUCAGGAGAAGCUCCCGCCUCACCAACAUUUCGACAAGACGAUCCAGCCAUGCUGAUGUAGGGGAUCAAAUGUAUAUCUGGUUUCUGUGAGAACUGAUGGAGAAUGGAGCCAAAGUCUGCCUUGAAAAUAUAACUUUGAGGUGGAUUUGUUUUGAUGUCACAGGUGGUUGGGAGUGGUUCAAGGGAUGGGUUGAUGAAUGGCAAGGAGAGAGUUUUUAAGGUUGCUGAGCAGAUUUUGUACUGAGUCCCCACCACCACCAGCGCUUGAAGAUGUCCGGAAUCCAGGAGGCUCGUAUGAGGAGCAUCCGCCCAUACAAGACCGGGGAACAAUACCUCUAUGCCAUGAAAGAGGACUUGGCCGAGUGGCUGAAGGAACUCUAUGAUGUGGACAUCAAUGUGGAGUUCUUCUUGGAAGCCCUGGAGACAGGGGUCUUGCUCUGUCACCAUGCCAACAGCAUCACCCAAGUGGCUUGGGACUUUGAGCAGAGGUACCCAGGUCUGAGCCACAAGCUGCAGCUGCCCACCUGCGAAGUGACUUGCAACGACUUUGCUCAGCCAGGGACCUUCCAAGCCAGGGACAACGUGUCCAACUUCAUCCAGUGGUGCCGGAAGGAGAUGGGCAUUAAAGGUACGUAGCUCAGAACUGGCUGAGGAAGGGUUGCCAAAUCUUGGUCCUCCAGUUCUGCCCUCUGGAGUGGCAAAGAACAAGAUUGGGAGGGCUCCAUCAUGCAGAAGAUGGACCAGAUUUGUUCUCCGUUAGGGCAAAAAGUAGCAGCAUAUAGUUAAACCGUGGAACUCCCUUCUGCAGGAGGCUGGGAUGGCCACCAACCUAGAUGGCUUUGAAAGAAGGUUGGACAAAUUCAUGGAGGAGGAGAGGGCUACUGAUGGCCCCUGUGCUCUGCCUCCAUAGCUGGAGACAGCAAUAUUUGUGAAUACCAGCUGCUGGAAACCGCAGGAGGGGAGAGGGUUCUUGUGCUCAGGUCCCACCGACAUCUGGUUGGCCACUAUGAGAACAGGAUGCUGGGCUAGAUGGGCCAAUGGCCUGAUCCAGGAAGCUACUUUAUGCUCCUGUGGGUGGUCAGCAUCAAGCAUGUUGUUGGCUAUGUCCAACUCCCCACAGGAAAAGAGUCUGUUGGUGGGGAAAGGCAUAAUCCCCCAAGAUGAGAGAUGGGAUCAGGAUGUUUGCCUUGCCUUGGAUGAGAGAUGGGAGUGAAAACUCUUGAUUUUAGGGGACUUCUCCAAUGCAAUCGCUUUUUGAUUGAUGGAGAACAGUGAAAACCAAACAAAGGAGAAAAAUUCGACACAGCGCUAGCUGAUAACCCUGACUUGGUUUCUCUGUGGUAUUUCCCCACCAAUCGCCCCUCAGUCCACACUGCCUAGCGGUCCCCUACUUUCACCCCACCUGCUUUGUUCCAGAAGUCCUGAUGUUUGAGACGGAAGACCUGGUCUUGCGCAAGAAUGAGAAGAACUUUGUCCUCUGUCUCCUGGAGGUGGCCCGCCGAGCCGCCCGCUUUGGCAUGAGUGCCCCCACCCUCAUCCAGAUGGAGGAGGAGAUCGAGGAGGAGAUCCGUGAGGACCUGAACCUGCCGCCGGAAGAGACCCCCCUCCCAAGGGCCCAGAGGAAGCCGGCCAAUUUCAAGAACCUCGACCAGAUGGUAUUUGAGCAGGCAGAUUCACGCUCCAGGGCAAACACAGGGUCCCUAAGCUGAACGGGUCAAGGGCUCUCCUUCACUGGAGGUUUUUAAGCAGAGGCUGGGUGGCCAUCUACCAGGGAUUCUGUAGCUGUGAUUCUUGCAUUGCACGGGGUUGGACUAGAUGACCCUUAGGGAUCCCCUCCAGCUCUACACGUCUAUGAUUCUAUGACACAUUUGUGUCUGGCAAAAGCAGCAAAGGAAGGGGAUAGGGCAGGGCUGGUGAGGGGUGUGGCUUGGGGGCAACUCUGGAGGUCCACAUCAAGAAUCCUAGAGGGCCACCUGUCAUCGUUAUCGUCUUCAUCCCCCUCAUAAAAUUUAUAUACUGCUUGAUUGUUAAAAAAAAGAACCUCAAAGCAAAAAAGAUAGAACAAUAAGAUUAUCAACAAGGAAAAAUUACAAUAACUUAAGACUUUCAAAAAGUAAAAAUAACAAUAGACUACAAAGAAUUGGAAACUCACACCAACCUUCUAAAUAUCUGGGCAGGCUUGUCUAAACAAAAAUGUUUUUAGCAGGUGCUGAAAAGCAAACAGCGAAGAUGUCAAUAGGCAGGGAGUUCCAGUGUGCUAUUUAUUUAUACAUCUGCAUCUCACAUUCACUCCAUGAAGCUCAUGAAUACUGUUCUCCCCAGUUUCAUACUCACAAUGACCCUGUGAGGUUGGCCAGGCCUACGGGCGAUUGGUGGUCGGUCUCACAGUCACCCAGUGAGCAUCAGGGCCAAGUGGGGAAGGCAAACCCUGAUCUCACAGCUCCUAGUCUAAAACUCUAACCACUACUCCACACUUCCUCUCACUCAUAUUCAGGUUGUUGUUGCCAAACUCAUUACUAUUCUUAUCCUCCUGCUUUCUGCAAAGGUCCAGUGUCUCGUCAGCCGUUGCACCUGCCCGGUCCAGUUCUCCAUGAUCAAAGUCUCGGAAGGGAAAUACCGCGUGGGCAAUUCAAACUUGCUGAUCUUCGUCAGGGUGAGUUGGCCUGGUGGUGGGCCAGAGGCAAAAGUGGGCGGAGCAAUGGAUGUGGAUUUUACUUUUGUAUAGUAAGCUGGUUUCUGAGCAUGCUCACACACUUGGGCUGGAGGAAGCUGUCCAUUUCUGUCCUCUCAGUUCCAAUAUUUUCCAUCCUGAAAUUCAGCUCUCCACUUUGGGGCCAUGUUUUUAAAUCCUCUUGAAAAAUUCAUCAGCGUUUUGCUGCGAAUUUUUCCCAAUGCACUAUUUUUUGUCAGGACUUUUGACUACUAGAAUAGCUAAUGGCAGCUGGAAUUGGGAUGAUGGCAGUUGGAAUGUUGCCAUGUUGGGUUUGUUGGUGGAGGGGACACAGGCCCCCCAAUCGUAGGGAUGGAAGGACCUGUCAAUUUCAGUUUUCUCACUUUCCUAUUUUCCCCAACAUCUCUGCCAUUUAAAAAUUCUAAUGACAAUUCUUCAGCAUCUUAAGGCAAAUCUCUCCCAAUGCACAAAUUUUUGUAUGCAGUUUGGACUAAUAUGCACAUUUUUGCACCUCAGAUUUCCCUAAUAUAAUGUGUUUUUGUAAGUUAUUUUCACUAACAUGCUCGUUUUCAUGCACACUCCCUGCUAAUAUAUGGAUUUUUGCAAAGACUGAUUGGUGGGCGAACUGGAUUGCAAAAUUCAGAUGAGUUCAUUUGAAGGAUGGCUGUCUCUCUGGUUCUCAUACUGUUUUAGAAUGUUCAAAUUCAAUAAGUUCACAUUUGAACAGGAACAGAUUUCUCCCACAUCCUUCACACACACACACACACACACACACACACACACACUCAGAGUCACGAUCACGCUCCCUCUUACAUCCAGGAAAGCAGGAAGUAUGAUCAGAGGUCAAAGACAUAUCUCAGCCAAGCCAAAGCACACAAGGAGGGCAAGAAGCAAGGGGUGUGGCCUGGGGAGAGGGGGGGUGGCCUUGGAAGAGUCGAAAGGGCCAGAUAGAGGAGCCUUAGGGCCACAUUCCGGCCACGGGCCCAAGGUUUCUCACCUCUUUUCUUCAACAACUGACAGCAUAUUUCCAGAAUGUCAAAGGCGGGUCUCUCCCAGCCCUACCAGGUAUAAGGAUCCAGCUCAUGCCAGAAGCAGGUAGCCUAUAGAGAAGAGAGAGUUACCUGUAGGUAGGACAUAGUGUAGCAAGGAAUAUCAUGUGCAUCUAACACAGUGGUUCCCAAAGUGGGCAGUGCUGCCCCCAGGGGCAGGGGGUGGAAUUACCUAUGGGAGCAAGAGGCAAGCAGGCGGUGGAGGCAUAAAAGACUAUGAAGCUGGUUUAUGGGAUCAAGUCCAUGGUUGAAUCAAUGAAACCAAAUAGUUUCAAUUGGAUUUUGCAUAAAUGUGCAAUUAAUCGUUACUGUUUAGAGUUUUAUUGUGUUUUUAUCUUACCCAGUGGGUUGUGCAAACCACUGUUCUGAAUAAGGGAAAGGAUCAAUGGGGAUGAAUUUAUGGAGCCAAGGGGGCAGGGCCCUCCAAAGUUUUGGGAACCACUGGUCUAACUUUCUGUGUGUGUCUGCCUGUGGCACAUAAACAGACUUGUGAAACAAUUAGUGUUAUUUAUCAAUCUCUUGGGACGCGGGUGGCACUGUGGGUUAAACCACAGAGCUUAGGACUUGCCAAUCAGAAGGUCGGUGGUUCAAAUCCCCACGACAGGGUGAGCUCCCGUUGCUCGGUCCCUGCUCCUGCCAACCUAGCAGUUCGAAAGCACGUCAAAGUGCAAGUAGAUAAAUAGGUACCGCUCUGGCUGGAAGGUAAACGGCGUUUCCGUGUGCUGCUCUGGUUUGCUCCCUCGGCCAGUAAAGCGAGAUGAGUGCCGCAACCCCAGAGUCGUCUGCGUCUGGACUUAAGGGUCAGGAUGGGGCCCUUUACCUUUAUCAAUCUUUUAGUCACCUAGCACAGGACUGUCUCCAGGUUUUAAAACGGCAUCAUUGCCAGGCAGGCGUCACUUGGGACAGCAUUCCCCAGGACUGCACGUAUUGUUGUGGCUCACGGUCAGGAAAGGGCAUGUGGUGCUCACCUGCGCUCCUUUUUGCUCCAGAUCCUGCGGAAUCACGUGAUGGUCCGAGUGGGCGGUGGCUGGGACACCCUAGAGCACUACCUGGACAAGCACGACCCCUGCCGGUGCACCUCCCUCUGUAAGUCCCCUGUGCUCUUGUUGGAUGUAAAGAGAAGGCCAUCUCUGUGCCCUUCGCUCUAAAUCUAAAGUGUUUCAUUCCUGUGGUUUUGCUUAAUUAGUCCAGCAGAUCUCGAAAUUGACUGCUGUUGUAUGUCAGGGCUUUGACCCAGGCCACAUUCAAACCGUAUCUUUAAAGUGCUAUGAUGCUGCUUUAAACACUUGUGGCUUCCUCCAGGGAAUUCUGGGGGCUGUAGUUUGUUAAGGGGGCUGAGAGUUGUUAGGAGAGAUUCCCAGGGUUCCCUUUGAAGAGGGAUUAAUAUUUGUUGGAAGCCUCCCAAAGUGGCUGGGGCAACCCAGUCAGAUGGAUGGCACAUAAAUAAGAUUUAUUAUUAUUAUUAUUAUUAUUAUUAUUAUUAUUAUUAUACUCCUUCUGCUGAGUUGGGCCCUUCACAUCUGUCCUAAAGUCCUGACCUGAUGGUACCACAGUACCUGCUAAUAACAGGGAUGGGGAACCAUUUUCUAACCCAAAGUCGGCAUUCUCUCAUAAGUAUCCUUCCAGGAGGUACAUGCUGGGGGUGGGCGGGGCCAGAGGCAAAAGUGGGCGGAGCCGCAUAUAUAAAUUUUACCUUUGUACAGCAGGCUAGUUUGUACACACGUACAUACCUCUCUGUCCUCAGUCCAGGCAACCCAGAGGCAUUACCCAGGCAAAACCAGGAUGUGAAGCAGGACCAGUAGAUGAUGCAGCUGGGGAAGGUUGUAGCCUAGGGAGAGUCCCGGGGGCUGGCAGGGCUGCAUUCAUCUCCUGGGCCUGAGGUUCCUGCCCUCUGUGCUACGAAAGAGAGCAGGGCACCUGCCGCUUGUAUAAAAGCCAUUGCCAUGACGUUUUAGUGACACUGAUGUCCACUAGAGGGCAGGCCAGUGCUGCAGAUACAGUCCUUAGAACUGAACUUAACCCAAGCAAAUCAAUGGAACCUCCCAAAAUUUGGGAAAGAAAAUGUACUUCAUGGAAUCAUAAAAUCACAGAAUUGUAGCAUUGGAAGGGACCCUGAGGGUCAUCUAGUCCAACUCCUUGUAAUGCAGCAAUCUCAACUAAAACAUCCAUGACCGAGGGCCAUCCAACCUGUUUUAAAACUUAUUUAUUUUUAUAAGAUUUAUAUACUGCCCUUCACCAUAAGAUCUCAGGGUGGUUCACACUUCUAAUGAAGGAGAGUCCCCAACCUUCCGACGGAGUCCAUUCCACUUUCGAACAGCUCCUGCUGUCAGAAGGUUCUUGCUAAUUAAUGUUUAGUCGGAAUCUCCUUUUAUGUUAUGUGAGUAAUGAAUUAUUUGGGUGGCAGGGAGCUGAUCAGAUGAGCAGGAAAUGUCCGUGGGAUCCAGGAUGCAACAUAUCGCAGAGGAUUUUUGGAAUAUUAACCGUUCUAGACUUCUGGGCUUUCUUUUGCAACACUGGUAUAAUUUUCCUUGCAGAAGCAACACAGAAGUAGACCUAUCCUUUAGUCCUUCUAGGAACCUCAGGCCUGGGGGAUGAAUGUGCCCAGGAGAGGCCAAGCCAGAUCUGUGAGCUACUCAGCUAUUCCACAUCUCUGACAAAAUAAGAUUCUGGACCUUGAAAGCAUAUACUGUGAUAACUGUGUUAGAAGCUGAGGUGCUGCAGGAUUCUGUCUCGUUGAUUUCUCCAACCCUUUUUGCAGCUCACAAACAAGCCUUGAGGGCAGGCAGCCCGCAGAAGAUGCAAGCCACACCGGUCCAACACGAAAUCACAGCCCGCUUAACGCCCAGGAAAGACAACCCCAAGCCCCAGCCUGCUUUGAUUGUCACCCGAUCCCAAAGCCCGCUGCCCCCAGUGGAGUGGAGGACCUAUACUCCUAACAGCCCUGGGUGGAAGACUCUGCAGCGGUCACCUCCAAGCAAUGGUGGCGGCAGCAACAGCAGUAGGAAAACCACAGCUCUGCUUAUCUCCCCUGAGGUCUCAGAACAUGGGAGAGUCCCUUCCGUCAGGUGAUGACAGAUAAUGUGUGGGGAGAUAGGAAGGAUUUGUUUUCCGCCAACAGCUCAAAGUUUUCACUUCUGACCAUCCUAGAUUUAUGGCCCAGAGUAACUGGAACAAUGUUAUGAGCUACAAGCUAGAAUAUAUACAUAUAUAUAUAUAUAUAUAUAUAUAUAUAUAUAUAUAUAUAUCUCCAUUGGUCCUACAUUGUUCCUACAAGGAAUUUGCACUUGGAGGCAACAAUGCUUCUGAAUUCCAGUUGCUGCCUUCAGAUGUCCUCUAAAAGUCAGAUAGUUGUUUAUUUCCUUGACGUCUGGUGGGAGGGCGUUCCACAGGGUGGGUGCCACUACCGAGAAGGCCCUCUGCCUUCUUGCAGGGAGGGAAUCACCAGAAGGCCCUCAGAGCUGGACCUUAGUGUCCGGGCAGAAUGAUGGGGGUGGAGAUGCUCCUUCAGGAAUACUGGACUGAGGCCGUUUAGGGCUUUAAAGGUCAGCACCAACACUUUGAAUUGUGCUCAGAAACGUACUGGGAGCCAAUGCAGGUCUUUCAGGACCGGUGUUAUGUUGUCUUGGCAGCCACUCCCAGUCACCAGUCUAGCUGCUGCAUUCUGGAUUAGUUGUGGUUUCUGGGUCACCUUCAAAGGUAGCCCCACAUAGAGUGCAUUGCAGUAAUCCAAGCAGGAGAUAACUAGAGCAAGUGCUGUGCUUAUAUUAUUGUGUUCUCCUCUUUCAGGGCGAGGUCAGUGACUCCAGUCCGGAGGCUGCCGGCCCAGGAAGAGAGACCCGCAUCUAAGCCAACUCUCUCUAUGCGGAGCAGAAGAGAGGCAUGCCCUGUCCUGUCCCAGCUGAACGGAAGCACAGAGAACAACUUGCCCAUUCGGAAAUCUGUCUCAGAGGCACAUCGCGGAAGAUCUCCUGCCAGAAUCCCAACGCCGACACCUCACAAAGAGAAACCAGAGAGGCCAGCGUCAUCCAGAGCUGCUACACCGAGGGCUCCAGUGACCCGGCCUCCAGGAAGGUCCCAGCCUGAAAUGAACGGCCCGCAGACCCGCUCUUCCAGUCCAGCCAAGCACUUCCAGCCCCCAAUGGAAAGCCCUGCAAGGCUGCAAGGUGGAGUCACCGUACACAGCUGGAGUAAGGACUCGAUAGCGUGGCGAUCACCCUCCUCAGUAAAACACGCAGGUGUGACUCAGAAAGAAGACAGCAGUGCCAAGACCUCUGGAAGAGUUGCCCCAACAUCAUACAGGCCGCCAACAAUUGGUAGCAGCUACCAAGAGGCGUUCUGUUUCAGAAAUGGGGGUAACACCCUGGACAAAAACCAAGCCAACCCACCCAGGAAAGAGGUUUUCAAGGGCAGGGUCCCUCUUCUGAGAGAACAGGGCAAGGCUGUCAGCCUGGAAGCGUCAGCCAGCAGGUUCUCCAACAGCUCAGGGGGUGGAAUCGGUCAGAAAAUGAAAGAUGGUGGGACCUUAGCUGGGCAAGAAAGUGUUCCAGGAAGACCUUGUAAAGAUGGCCAGAUGAGUCAAGGAGAUAUCAAGGAACUGGGCAGGGGAACAGAACGUGUUUACACACCACUGCCUAUUGACCCGGUGGAAGAACAAGCUCUGUACAGGAGCCUAGAGGAUGAGAUUUUGGCCAACAUCAAGGAGCUGGAGGAAGUCUCUGAAGGCAACCCCAUUUCUCGAGGGACUCGGCUAGGAGGGUUUGGAGUGGACUGUUGCCAAGGAAGAGACGCCAUGGCCUUGACCUGUAAUGGGCCCAGGGUCUCCACACCCACCUGGUCCUCUUUGCCUAUCACCCCAAGGACCUCAGUCUCUGAGGGAAGUGUGCCUCGGAGCGGGGUCUAUGUGCCUGAGAGGGAGAUGAGGUGGCACCCCGCAGGACUACAUUAUGACAGCGUUAUUCAAGAGCUUUCCAAAACACUGCACCGGGAGCACGCAGGGACUGAGGGAAGUUCCCCCCAGUCAAGUCCAUCUCUGGUGAAUGGAAACCAGGCCGGAAAAACAUUCCUAGACAGAGAAAGUGCUGUUUCUGAGGAGAACUGUGUGGCCCCUGAAGCAGAAGGUGGAGAACCAUACCACACAGCUCAUGUGGAAGUCGACGGAAAUGCCAGAGGCUCUCAAGUGAUGCCAGGCAGACCUCCUGAUUCUCCAGAGCACUCUCCAGCUCCCGAGGACACAAAACUACCUCAGAGUAAGCCGAGGAGGUCUCUGAAGAAACCGGAACGGGUGCCCUCCAUUUACAAGCUGAAGCUGCGCCCCAAAAUCCGGCCGCGCAGAGACAAUAGGCCCGAAAAGAGGCCUUCAAGGAUCCCCACUCCAAUUGCAUACAGGCAUGCCCAAAGAGGAUCCAGCGUCAAGGCCCAGGCGAAGAAGGCCCAGAGUGUCAAAUCCCAAAUCUGGAGUGGUCAGGCUGGCGUGAGGCAAAAUGGCUCGGGGGACACUGGGUCCAAAGACCAGGCUGCACUUUCUGACUGCACCCCUUCCUCCACACAAGACGGGGGUCCUGGGAGGAAAACAAGUGUGACAGAGGGGGAAACGGAGGCGUCAGGUGUGGAGGAGUCCUGGGUGUGAUGUUUCCUUAAAGAUGCGAUUGCAGUCUCAGAAUUGCAAUUGCAGUCUUUUCUUGUGCCUAACCCCCAUCGCCAAGCUUUGUUUCUGGUGGUCUCAGUUUUGGGCCAGAAAAGUGAAUUAAUGAGAAUUGUACCAUAUGCAUUUAUGGUUGUGUGCUAACUAUGCAGUAUGUUGAACCAGGGGUGGGGUGGGGACCCCUCUCUCCUACUCCCUCAGCUGCCUAAACAGUUAGCAGACACCAAGUGCAGGUCUUAGCUUGUAACCCUGAAAGCUAGAAGCUUGCAGCUGUACCUCUGUGGGUGUGUUGAUCCCACAGGGAAACAAAAGGUUGCCAGUGGGGAGUUGUAUGCUCUAUAGAUCAUUAUCUUUGUUCUUUGACUUUCUGGAAAUAAACUUGGAUGGAUACAGGUGCUGGUGGGGGGCAUUUAGUUGAGUAUCAACUGUGUCUCUGCAGUUCACAAAACAAAGGUGGAAUAUAGCUCAUAUGCUAAGGUCUGAUUUCCUGGUUGUGCUAUAGAUAGUGACAGAUUCUGUCAUGCACCUGCGCCCAACAUCUAUCAGGCUUAUCCUUGGUUGUCAUACAAGCCCAAAGAUGAGGAACCUGUGGUUCUCUGGCUGUUUUUGGACUCCCAGUCACCAUAGACAAUGAGUGAUGGGGAUGAUGGCAGCUGGAGUCCAGCGACACCAGGAGGGCCACCAAUUUUCCACCAUGAAGAAUCAAAUCCUGCUCCAGGGUUUAAAAUAGCAGGAGCUGAUUUUGGAUGCAUUGUUUGCGUCCAUGAGAACUAGAGCCUUGUGACCCUUUCAAUAACGGAAGUUCAGACUCUCCGAAUUCCGUGUAGGUUGGGGGACAGGGGACAACUAAGAACGUGCAGAAUCAGCUCAGAACAGAGAGAACACACAGGCCUCCUGGUAUGUUUAAUAGGAUUGCAUUUGAUUAAAUAUUAAUGCAAUAAAGUCUGAUUUGAUGAAUUUUUUUAAAAAAGAAGGGGGCCAUUGCACUUGUCAGUUACCCAAAUCCCCUUGCACUUAUUCGCCAGGAGAGCAUCAGGAGGAGGGAGCAUGUUUAAUUCUUAAUGAGCAAUUAGCUGGAGCACUCCCUCUCUGCUUUAUCUCCAUGCGUAAAAGCGUUAGAAACUUAACUAUAUAUAUAAAAUUUUAAUUCAGAGAGGGACCUGGAAUAUCUCCAAGGGGGCAUUGCUAGGUCCGUGAAAUACUUGGGGCCCUAAUUUACAUUUACAUAAAAUGUGUAUGCACAAAUAUAGGGCAGCUUUCAGAAGAUGAGCAGCCCCGUAUUCAAUUAGUAUUAUUAUUAUUAUUUUUAAAAAGUUUAAAAGAAGGAGAAAGAGCAAGAGACCCCAUGCAUAGUUUAAAGGCACAGGGCUCCCUCCCUCCAUAGGGACUCUAACCCCCUGCAGUGCAGGAAUCUUUUGCCCAACAUGGGGCUUGAACCCACGACUCUGAGUUUAAGAAUCUACUGCUCUACUGAUGGAUCUAUCCCAGACCUGUGAUUCUACUUGCCUCUGAUCUUCUGGGACCCCCAGCAAAUAGCUGCAAGUUGCAAAGGUUUGCUUCCAUCAUUGCAUCUGCUUCUUCCUUCAGUGCCAUGUUCUACAACUCCAAUGCGCUUUAUCUCGCAGGAAGAAACGCCUGUGAAAUUUGGUGCACACUUCAAUACAUGGCCAUUGGCCAUUAAAGAAUCUAUGGCCUGUUAAAGCUGGGGAGGGGGGGACACUGUUAUUAUGAGUAUUUUAUUAUUACACUUUUUAUUAUUAUGCUCCAUAAAAUGUGUUCUUAAUGCUGUAUACCGCACUGGGAUCUUUUGAUAAAGGGCAGUAUAUAAAUCGAAUAAACAAUAAAUAAUAAGAAUACAUUUCUCCAGAGGUGGCUGGUAGGGCAGAAGGCAGAACACCCAACAGUAGGUGGCGCUAGAGGCAACUCAUUCCAACAGUAAAAGGUAAAGGUAAAGGGACCCCUGACCAUUAGGUCCAGUCGUGACCAACUCUGGGGUUGCGGCGCUCAUCUUGCUUUAUUAGCCGAGGGAGCCGGCGUACAGCUUCCACGUCAUGUGGCCAGCAUGACUAAGCCGCUUCUUACGAACCAGAGCAGCUCACGGAAACGCCGUUUACCUUCUCGCCAGAGUGGUGCCUAUUUAUCUACUUGCACUUUGACGUGCUUUCGAACUGCUAGGUUGGCAGGAGCAGGGACCGAGCGACGGGAGCUCACCCCGUCGCGGGGAUUCGAACUGCCGACCUUCUGAUCGGCAAGUCCUAGGCUCUGUGGUUUAACCUACAGCCCCACCUGCGUCCCUACAUUCCAACAGUAGGUGGUGCCAAAGAGACUGAGCAGGCGGAAGCUGAUGGGGUGGGGCCACCCCCGGACUGGAUGUAUGUAAGAAAGAAGCCAGGCGAGGAUAGGCUGAAGUUGGCAACGUCCUCCCUCGCUUUGCCUUAGGGACCAGCCUCCAUCUGGAAUCUAGAGAUGCUGGUCAUCUCUUUGGCAGAAGUGUGGAGGGCAGUCAGUGGUGCCUCCAAGGUAGGACUCUUGGUCACAGGUCCAGAGUCUCCUUCAGCAGAAGGAGCAGGAGGGGCCCCAAGAGAACCCUGGCUGGUUCACCCUAUUUAGAAAUAAGUGGAGUUCUCCAGGGUAGACAAGGUGGUGCCCUCCGUAGGUUGCUGGCUUUCGAACUCUCAUCAUCCCUGGCCGUUGGCCAUGCAAUGGGUCGAUACCCACAGGCUAGCUAGCCCUCUUUUAGGAUGGAGUUAGAAUCAUAGAAUUCUAGGGUUGGGAGGGAUUCCAAGAGUCAUCUAGCCCAACCCCCUGCACCUAAAGGAGUUGGGUUUUGAGGAUGGGAUUUGAAAUCAGGGGAGAGAGAGAACAAUGGCUCUUGGGUGGCCUCCCCCAACCUAAUGCCCUCCAGACAUUUUGGAGUACAGACUCCACCAGUGCCAGCAGGGGCCGAUGGGAGUUGGCAUCUUGAGAGCACCAGGUUGGGGAAGUCUCAUGGGCACAGCUGGGGGUUGGGGGGCAGAUCCCCCCCCCCAAAUCAAGUAAAGACCUGGAUAAGGUUGACAAUGAUAGGGGAGCAUCUCAGUGGGCUGGGCUUACUGAGUGUGCACAGAAAAAAGAAUUGCAUUGGAAAAGAGGAAUUUGAGAAGGAAGUGCUGAAAAUGUUUUCAGCAAAUCCAAGAAAACUUGUCUCAGUUUAGAUUUUCUUAAAAUAAGAUAAAAAAGGCACGUUCUUUGUAAUUUUGCAAAAUAUACUUGAUAACCACAUGAAAGGUACUCCCUGAUGUUUUUAUUUAACUUCCUAAUUUCCAAAGGACUGAAGAUUUUGACAGAUUUUUCUGAGCACUUGGGGUCAAAAUGCAAUAAUUUAAAACAACUGUUGUUGAGACAUUUCAUUCCGAAUCUGCCAGACAGAGUCAGGCAGAGGGUGAUGGCAUAUGCCCCUAGCCUGACAUAAAUCCUGGCUAUGCCCAUGGGAAGUCUGUUUUUGGGACAAGGAGCAGCAAAGGGAGAAGGAAUACCUUUUUUUUGGUUUUGGUUUUCGGAUGCAGGAUCUAGAGAUUUUCGCUCUGCCUUCAGUUCCAACUGCCUGCUCUGAUUGCCUCGUACAGUCUGAUUGCCUUGGUACAAUCUCUGCCGAAAUGCGACUUGAUCUUGAAACGGGUAACUUUGAAAGCCGUGGUUCUGAUUCUCCUCCGUGAGUCAUCGCCACUCAUUCUCCUGCCGCAAAUCCUGCUCUCUCCUCCUCCAGGAAUGAUAGUGUAAACCGCUCUCAACAGGGUGGACUUUUUAAGCUACAAUUUACUGAUUGUUCCCAAGUGCAAAGGGAUGGAGCCGCUCUGGGUGAUGAUGGAAGGAGAAGGAGAAGCGGCUGAGUCAGGCGCAGAUGUGAGAUUUUAAUAGCAGACGUCAUCUCAAACUCUCAAGAACAACACAAGACUCAACAGAGGAGCUCUGUUGGGUCAGACCAAAGCAGGGAUGGGUUGUUUUUUUUUUCUGCAAAUCUGGAUGCCAAGUUUAUCUGUGUGGAUUUGUCAUAUUUCCCUCUUAUUCCUUAUCUUGGUGAAGAACGAGUUUCAGCUUAAAACACGAACAGUUCUGGCAUAUUGUAUGUGUUAUACAUUUUUAUACAUAUAAUAUAGUAUUCAUAUUAUAUGCAUAUACACUCCCGCUUUUCUAAAGCAGCCAGAACAUAAGAGCUAAAUAAAAGAUAAAGGUAAAGGGACCCCUGACUAUUAGGUCCAGUCGUGACCGACUCUGGGGUUGUGGCGCUCAUCUCGCUUUAUUGGCCGAGGGAGCUGGCGUACAGCUUCUGGGUUAUGUGGCCAGCAUGACUAAGCCGCUUCUGGCGAACCAGAGCAGCGCACGAAAACGCUGUUUACCUUCCCGCUGGAGCGGUACCUAUUUAUCUACUUGCACUUUGACGUGCUUUCGAACUGCUAGGUUGGCAGGAGCAGGGACCGAGCAACGGGAGCUCACCCCCUCACGGGGAUUCAAACCACUGACCUUCUGAUCGGCAAGUCCUAGGCUCUGUGGUUUAACCCACAGCGCCACCCGCGUCCCUUCCAAGAGCUGCAUAGAAGGAUGCAUAUAAUUGGAUAAAAUACUUAUAUGUUAGUACAAAUAAAUUUAUCCUGUAGGAAUAUAGU